ACAACUCGCAGCAUAUUACCACCACCGCCACCCGACAAACCACCGCCGGGCGCAAGUGGCGCGCCGCUAUAAAACGCCGCCACGGGCCCUGCCGCAACUCCCCAAACCGGCCGACCAAGAGAGAGCACACGAGCGCUAGUAGCGAGCGAGCUAAGAACAAUCCCUUGUGUUUCCAAGAUGAGCGUGGAGAUCCUGGACGGGCGGACGGUGCAGAGCUUCGUGGAGGACGAGGGCGCCUUCAACUCGUGCGUGGACGCCCGGUUCGCGGCGCUGGACGCGGACCGCGACGGCCGGCUCUCGUACGCGGAGAUGGCGCGGGAGCUCGCGGCGCUGCGCGUGCGGGAGGCGCACUUCGGCGCCGACGCGCCGGCGCCCGCGGCCGAGCUCGCGCAGCUCUACGGGGCGCUCUUCGCGCGCUUCGACCGCGACGGGGACGGCGCCGUGGGGCCGGACGAGUUCCGCGCCGAGAUGAGGGAGGUCAUGCUCGCCGUCGCCAGCGGGCUCGGCGUGCUCCCCGUCCAGAUGGUCGUCGAGGAAGGCGGCCUCCUCAGGAGGGCCGUCGACAGGGAGCUCGCCGCCACCAUGGCAGCCUGAACGCCACUAAGCCGGCUCGCGGCUCGCCUCGCCGUCGUCGUCAUGCGCCGUUGAUCCCUGUGCUGAUGCUGACCUCGCUGUGGCGUCGCAGUUCACGGUUCUUUGAGAGUUUCCCAUGCAGUAUCUCGUAGUACACUCAUCAUAACGUGUAGUGCCUUACAAGCUAUCGCGCACAAGAGUAUUUGGAUUGUGUACUUAUGUACUAGAAUUAACGCUGGGUGAGAUUUCAUCAGGCUUUCAGCUCUGUAACCGUGACAGUAUUUAUAUAUGCAACCGGAGUGUGUUGACGACUUUC